UCUCCACAGCUCCAAGUUUACCGUCAUAAAAUACCCAUAAACAUCUUCUUCAUCACAUUCCUCCGAAUGUUGUCAUUCUCCAGAAACACCACCAUCUUCCAAUGCCAAGGCCCAGUUUACGACGACCCACCAAUCCUUUAAUCUGGUGUGCUGCCAUAUUUUGUGCCCUCUUAAGCGUGGCCGUCAUAGUCACUGGCAUCGUUAUAAUCGUCGGUUACAUAGUAAUCCGGCCUAAGGUGCCUCAAAUGAUCGUAACAAGCGCUCAACUUGACCGACUCGACUUCGAUCAAGCUGGGAUUCUCACUGUCAAGACCACCAUCUUCAUCAAGGCAGAGAAUGAUAAUCCAAAAGCCCAUGCAACCUUUUACGCGACGAAGUUUUUGCUAGGUUUCCAUGGUGUAAGGGUAGCACAGUUGCGCGCUGAUUUUCCUGUCGAAGUAGGCAAAAAUAGCUCGGUGGAUUUGAUGUUUGAAGUGGAAUCAACUCCAAUCCCAUUAGAUCCGGAAGAACAGAAUAGUGUGUUCUUGUCUUUGAGCCAAAACCUGAUUGUUUUCGACUUGAAAGGUACCACAAGGACUCGAUGGAGGGUAGGGUUGCUUGGUUCCGUCAAAUUCUGGUUGCAUCUUGAUUGCCACCUUCAGUUCCCCAAAAUUGGAGAUGUUAUAUAUCCAAAGUGUAGCACCAAAUCAAGAUGAAUGAUUUUGACUCCUCAUUUGCUAUUUGCUAAAUCCAAGGUGUUUUGCAUUAAUUACUCUGUAACUUAGGUCCUUGUCCUUGGUUCAGAAAAGAUUACAAAAGUGCCAUUUUGAGGGUAACAAGAACAAAAAAUUGCUGUGCUAUGUGCAUCUAGGUAAGUUUUGAGAUGGGAUUUUGUGUUUUUCUUGAGGUCAUUUCAUUUUCAGAUUUAGGGGUUUCUUGUUCUUCAAGGGUGUAGGGAAAAUAAAAUUUGGUUAGCUUUUGAUGCUUUUCUUCCUAUGAUCAAAGAGUGUAAUGAAGGCAAUCUUUGAGGUGCUUUGUUCCAUUUAGUCGAAUAAUUAAUCAAAGCUAUGAGCAGUUCAAUAUAGCUCAAGUAGACUAGUUAUAGGAGCUCUUCAU